AUGUUAUCUGUUUUGCGAGUUCAAGCUGUCAGAGGACCCGCUGUCCAGGCAUUCUGUCAGGCAUCCCGUACAUCCCGUGGAUCCUUGCACACCGCACGCCCUGCAUUCAACACAACAAAAGAAAUCUCGCCGCUUGGAAAACUUGCCCAGGGCAUCAAUGCCAUUCGUUCAACAGUAUUGACUUCUUCCCUCAAACAGGCUCUUAAAUCCCCACAAAAGCCAGUUCCAUUCACUGGUGAGGCCGCAACAUGGAAUCAGGCGAUCCGUGAAGCACAGAGUCUAGUAGAAACUGAAACCGAACGAAUGAUCGACCCUGCUCAAUUGGUAGGACGUGAUUUGUGGGAGCUCAAGGGCAACAUUGGCAAGCUACUCGGUAGUGGCCAUCCGUUUUUGGACACUGUUGCCAAGCACUACUUUAGUGGCGAGGGUAAAUACGUUCGACCCCUGCUGGUUCUUUUGGUUGCCCAGGCAACAAGCAUUGCCCCAAAGCAACCCGAGUGGGUUCAUUCUCAGGACUACCAGUCAAUCGACACUCCUAUUUCGCACAACCUCGAAAACAUCACAUCAAAGGACACUUUUGACCGGGGUAUCCACUACACCCCGUCCAUGACCAACCAGGGCUGCUCUAUCCUUCCAACCCAGCGACGUCUGGCCGAGAUUUCUGAGAUGAUCCACACUGCCUCUUUGCUCCACGACGACGUAAUCGAUGCGUCUGAAACACGUCGAAACUUGCCCUCAGCCAACGCCAGCUUUGGAAACAAGAUGGCAGUUCUUGGUGGCGACUUUUUGCUCGCACGCGCAUCCAUUGCCCUGGCCCGCCUUCGCAACGCAGAGUGCACUGAAUUGAUGGCAACCUGUAUUGCCAACCUUGUCGAAGGAGAGUUCAUGCAACUCAAGAACACCCAGGAUGGAAAGACUGCUGGUGAAAAAGGAAAGCGCAACACGUUUGAUUAUUACAUGGAAAAGACAUACAUGAAAACCGGCAGUCUGAUUGCCCAGAGUUGCAAGGCGUCUGCUGUUCUUGGUGGGAGUACCCAUGAAGUGUCUGAUAUUGUAUACAAUUUUGGACGCCAUCUUGGACUUGCCUUCCAGUUGAUAGAUGACAUGCUUGACUUUACUGUCUCUGCAGCAGACCUUGGCAAGCCAGCCGGUGCCGAUCUGAAACUCGGUUUGGCUACUGCCCCUGUUUUGUUCGCCUGGGAAGAGUUUCCAGCCCUUGAACCUCUCAUCAAGCGCAAGUUUUCAGAAGAGGGCGAUGAAGAGCAGGCAAGACUCUAUGUUUAUCAGAGCGACGGGUUAAAAAAGACCUUAGGAUUGGCAGAAAAGCAUUGUCAGUUGGCCAUUGAUUCACUCAACCAGCUCCCUCCUUCUGAUGCUCGUUCGGCCUUGAUCCAAUUGACCCAGAAACUGUUGACAAGACGUUCCUAA